AUGAUGGCAGACAUACUAGAGCUGCGGACAGACGGGAACUCUCUCCUGAAGGCGGUGUGGCUCCGACGCCUGCGGCUCACAAGGCUCCUGCUGGAUGGGGGUGCCUACAUCAAUGAGAGCAACGAGCGAGGAGAGACACCGCUCAUGGUGGCCUGCAUGUCCAAACACAGCGACCCGCAGAGUGUCAGUAAGGCAAAGCUGGUUAAGUACCUACUGGAUAACAAGGCUGAUCCCAACAUCCAGGAUAAAGCAGGCCGGACAGCCCUGAUGCACGCCUGCAGCCAGAGGGCGGGACAUGAGGUGGUGUCCCACCUGUUGACCAAUGGGGCAGACCCAAGUCUGGAAGACAGGAGUGGGGCCUCUGCUCUGGUCUAUGCCAUUAACGAAGACGAUAAGGAGACCCUAAAGGGUCUCCUAGACGCAUGUAAAGCCAAGGGCAAAGAGGUCAUCAUUAUCACCACAGACAAGUCACCCUCUGGCACCAAAACCACCAAGCAGUACCUGAAUGCCCCCCCUUGCACAGAGCUAGAGGAUAAGUGCUCCGCUGCAUUCUGCACCACUCCCUCUGACAUUGAGCUCAACACCUCCUCAUCACCUAACUCAGCCGAGCAGCACAACACCAUCUUCAGUUUCCAGACAAAGUUGAAAACAUCGUCCAGCACAGCAGCAAAGCUUCCCAAUGGGCCAACUUCUCCCACGCGGCGACCAGCCAACCCCAAGCGUGCUCGUUUACCCCAGCUGAAACGUCUGCAGUCGGAGCCCUGGGGGCUGAUCGCUCCCUCCGUCCUCGCUCCAGCUGCGGCCCACGAGGAGAGUAAAAGAACCACCUCUGAUGAGGACGUUGUUACAGGCAUCAAUGGACUUUCUCUGUCCAAGAGAUCGACUCUGUCUCGACAAAACAGUGUGGAUGGCAAGGAUGUGUUGUUUCCACAAAUUUCAUCCUCAUUAUCUGUCCCUCCAACUUCCAAAUUGGCAUAUGAGAGGAGUCUGUGUCAGCAGCACCAGCCCCUAGCCCGGCGUAGCACCGUCCCUGCAGAGCAGGACAGUAGCAGUAACACUGGGCCAGCCAGUUUGAGAGACACAGUCUGCAGGAGAUCGCUGGGCACUGACCACUAUGACUCAGACUUCCAGCUGUACUCAGACUGUGGCAUGCUGGACUCUCCUAAGGUUCCUCUAGAAAGGAAGAAACUCAACGGGUCUCCGUUAUCCAUUCUGACCAACUCCAGGGAGUCCAUAGACAUCAACAACAGCACGUCAUCUCCCAGCUCAGCACGACGGUGCGCACCAGGCCUCCUGGAGAGGCGAGGCUCAGGGACUCUGCUGCUGGACUACAUUUCCCAUACCCGGCCUGGCCAUCUACCCCCCCUGAACUUCAACCCCAACCCUCCUAUACCUGACAUUGGAACCAGCAGCAAGCCCUCAUCCCCUCUUGCCUCAGGUUUCAGAUCAAUAGCUCCAGUAGCAGCAAACUCACCAAAUAGAGGCCAACUCAAGUCAAAGAAGAAACUUGUAAGGAGGCACUCUAUGCAAGUGGAGCAAAUGAAACAACUAUCUGCUUUUGAUGAGCUGUAG